GUCUAAUAUAGAAAAAGCAUAUGACUGCCUGUGUUGGGAGCCAAGAAAAACAAACUAAGUUUGUUGUGACUGAUGAAGUAGUGGAACUAGAGAAAGAGAUGGUGAACUCAUCCUAUCUUGGUUAUAACAUUUUAGCUGACAACUGUGCAGUUCUGGGCAUGUUUCAGCUCAGCAUUCAGGAUGUAACAUGGAAAAGAGGAAAUAAUUUUCAAAGAAGCUGCUUCAUGAAAAGAAUGGCCUUUUUAGACAACCCUGCUAUUAUCCUGGCCCACAUUCGUCAAUCCCAUGUUACUAGUGAUGACACAGGGAUGUGUGAGAUGGUUCUUAUUGACCACGAUGUUGACCUGGAGAAAUUACAUGCUCCUAUAUCUAGCAGCAUCAGGACAAAUGUACAGGGGGAAGGGAAUGCUGAGACUCAGGGUUAUGACUACUCGCAAUCAGUUGACAUUACCUCAAGCUGGGAUUUUGGAAUUCGGAGACGAUCAAACACAGCUCAAAGGCUCGAACGGUUAAGAAAAGAACGACAAAAUCAAAUUAAAUGUAAGAACGUUCAGUGGAAAGAAAGGAAUACUAUACAUUCAGCUGAAGAAUUAGGCUCCUUGUUUGAAAAGAAGGACUUCCGUGCAAAGCCACUGAAUACUGGAAAACCGUCUACGCUUUCCAUACGUCUUGAACAGUGUCCGCAACAACUGAACAACCCAUUUAAUGAGUAUUCCAAAUUUGACGGCAAGGGCCACAUAGGUACCACAGCAACCAAAAAUAUUGAUGUCUACCUCCCCAUGCAAACAAGCCAAGACAAGAUGCAGCCAAUGACUGUGAUAACAAUGGCAAAUGCCAGAGUUCAAGAUCUCAUUGGCUUGCUCUGCUGGCAGUAUACAAGUGAAGGACGGGAACCCAAGUUGAAUGAAAAUGUGGAUGUCUACUGCCUUCAUAUCGCGGAGGAUGAUGGGGAAGUCGAUGGUGAUUUUCCACCACUAGAUUCCAAUGAGCCUAUUCACAAGUUCGGCUUCAGCACAUUGGCACUAGUUGAGAAGUACUCACCGCCUGGGCUGGCAACGAAACAGUCUCUCUUUGUUCGGAUUAAUGCACCACAAAGUGGAUUUUCUCUUAUUCAAGUUGACAGUAUGAAUGUCACCAUGAAGGAGAUUCUGCAGAAGGCUCUAAAAAGGAGAAAAGGUUCACAAAAGGCUGCAGGGCAUCAGUAUCGGCUUGAGAAGCAAAGUGAACCUAACGUAGCUGUAGAUUUAGAUCGUACCUUAGAGAGUCAGAGCACUUUGGAAUUCUGUCUGGUCAGAGAGUACAGUUCAAGAGGAGAGGAGAGUUCAGAAGAUGAGCCACCUCUGGAUAUGACAACUGUGCAAGAUAUUCUGAGCAGUCAUCGUUACAAAUCAUAUAAAGUCAGCAUUGUCCACAAGCUAAGAUUCACCACUGAUGUCCAAUUAGGUAUCUCGGGAGAAAAGGUGGAGAUAGACCCUGUUACUAAUCAGAAGGCCAGCACCAAGUUCUGGAUUAAACAGAAACCCAUUUCGAUUGAUUCUGAUCUACUCUGCGCUUGUGACCUUGUGGAAGAGAAGAGUCCGAGCCAUGCAGUAUUCAAGCUCACCUAUCUAAGCAAUCAUGACCACAAACAUCUCUACUUUGAAGCAGACACCAACACAGUCAAUGAAAUUGUGCUGAAGAUUAACUAUAUUUUGGAAUCUAGAGCAAGUUCAGCACGAGCAGACUAUCAAGCUCAAAAACAAAGAAAACUCAGCAGAAGAACAAGCUUCAGCUUUCAGAAGGACAAAAAAUCAGGACAGUAGCAUCAGCCUCAAUGUAAAAAUUCCGCUGAGGAAGAAUCCCACGAUUUGAGAUGGGAGAUAGAACUAUGAAGCUGUACUUCUUCAGGCUGCCUAGAACAGAACAAAGAAAAGUAAUUAAAUUUUGGAGACUUUUAGAUCUCUUGCUGUAGAUAUGUUCAAAAGGGUCCUAAGCUCUCUGUUUGGGAUGCAGGCUUACCUCCCAAGGUUUUUCCUCUUGAAAAGCAGCCAUAUCAGAGAGAGAGAGAGAGAGAGAGAGAAAAAGAGGCUAGGUUUGGUUCCCUGUGCUUUGAUUCACGGGGUGUGUCCACACAUAUAAUCACCUAUGGAAUAUGGAUUCAAUGAAUUGCACUGUCUGACGAAUGACUUUACAUGUGUCAUAGCUUGUCACGUGAUCAAGAUGAAAGUUAAUCAUGUGGGACAAAAGCCCUAAAAUUUCAUUUGAUUCUUUUGAAAACAAUAACUGGACAAACAGUUUAACAGCUUUUUCUUAAUGGCUGAAUAAUACAUUUUUUAUGGCCUGCGAAGGAAAUAAACAUUAGUUUUUACUGUGACCUGUAAAUGUUCCUGCAUUGUACCUGCUAAUUGUAAUAUAAUGACAAAGCACUGUGUAAGAAAUAGCUGGUAUUAUUUCAGACUGUCAUUUAAGGACAGAAUGAGAAUGUAUAAUAUGUUUAAAACAUUUUUUUCUGGCAAAAUGUAUAAAAAAUCUGCAGUUUCCAAAAAAAACUAUAAUAUUUUUAGUUUGAAUAUUCUUCAUCAACCAGUUUUUAGAUGACUGCACAUUGUCAACAUUCAUAUCAAAAUGCCACAAUUAAGCCAUAAAUUUAAAAGAAUUUAGUAUUUAAAGGAUCUUCCAGAACUGCUGCUGAUUCAGACAAUUGAAUUUUUUCACUUCUGGUGAUCUGGAUGGACAUUAAUUCUAUAAAAUGAUGAUGAUUUCCACGGCAGCCAUUUCACUAGCACAAAUGUGGAUCUCCACUGAGUUUAAUAAAUUCAGCCACUUUUCACA